AUGCAGAGUCACCCCCAAAACAGCUUCAAGUGGUGCCUGUUUAGGAGUCAUUGGUAUCGUCACUAUGAGGACGAUCCGGAGGACAUGGUGAAGCAUACGAUGGUGGUAUGCCCAUGGUGGUAUACUUGGGCUGAGCGCUGUGUCUCCAGACAGCAGCACUAUAUUGAAUUAACUCGAAGGCGGAACAAUGCUUACAUCGAUAUCUCUACCUACUUUCUUUUCGAGAAAGACAACAAAGUUCCUUCUUGCGAGGACGCUGACAAGCAAGCCGCGACACAAAGAAGAUCGACGGCGGUUGCCCGUAAUGCACAAAGGUCAGCUCGGCUCGAGAUCACCUUACAUCGGUCGCAGCCGCCCGCACCGCGCGCCUCCCGCCAUCGCGUACCACUAUGCAUCGUGCGCCCGCGCCGCUCCGCUCUAUACUUUUGUGAGUCGAAGACGACGAGUAUUAUCGCGCGAUCUGGGAGCGGAGAUGCUUCUCAUAAUGCGUCCAGAUAA